AUGACUGACUCUACUCUAUCGAACAAUCAUGAAAAUAAAUCCUCAUCUAUGUCUUUAUUAUCUUCAGCAAAUAAUUCCUCAAAAAUGCAACAAAAUCCUAAAAAUAUUUUACAUUCAAUAAUUUUUCGUGGAAUGAUAUUUUUUCAAAUAAUUGCUUAUGGUUCAUAUUCAGUAUUAGUUCAUUUAUGUGAAAAAGAUGGUCAAAUUACAUUUUCAUCAGCAACAAUGAAUUUUAUGAUUGAAUUUAUAAAAUUAUUCUUUUCAUUAAAUGCAUUUAUUUAUUUUCAAGAAAUUCAUUUCAAUAAAAUUCAAAUAUUAUCCUAUUUUAAAAAAUCAUUACCAUAUUCAAUACCAGCUAUUCUCUAUUUUUUAAAUAAUAAUUUAGCUGUACAUAUGCAACUUCAUAUGGAUCCAGCAUCUUAUCAAAUUUUAUCAAAUUUUAAAAUCAUUACAACAGCUAUUCUUUAUCGUUUAAUUAUUAAACAAAAAUUAACCAAACGACAAUGGUUUGCAUUAACAUUACUUUUUUUCGGUGGAUUUGCUUAUAGUUUAAGUACAUUAAAAAAUUCAUCAUUUAUUUCAAAAACAAUUGUUGAUUCAACAUUAGUAAUGAGAGAAAUGUAUAUACGUCCAUUAGGCAUACCAAUGAUAAUUAUUUAUUGUAGUAUAAGUGGUCUUGCUGGUGUUUAUAAUGAAUGGAUAUUGAAAAAAAAUUUUACAGAAUCCCUACAUCUACAAAAUAUUUUUCUUUAUACUUAUGGUACUAUUUUUAAUUUGAUACCUGCUAUUAGUAUAAUAAUAACAAGAAAUUCACAAACUGGAUAUUCUUAUUUAAAUCUAUUUCAUGGUUUCUCAUUUUAUACAUGGUUAAUUGUAUUUACACAAGCAUUAAAUGGUUUAUUUAUGUCUGUUGUAAUAAAAUAUUCAUCGAAUAUAAUAAGAUUAUUUGUUAUAUCAUUUUCUUUAAUUGUAACUACAGUGCUUUCGUUUUUUAUAUAUCAUAUUAAUUUUAAUAUGUACUUUUUUGCUUCUUUUAUUACAAUGACCUGUGCACUUUCAUUGUAUUAUACAAACUGA